AUGGCACUUUCGCGGGAGGGACUCCUGGCGAAGCUGAAGGCAUGGGGCAUACCCCAUCCCACUAUCCAGCAUGCCUUGUCCCCGACUUGCGAGCUCCACAGCGAGAACCUGAAGGGAACGGAGUUCGCGCACCUCAUCGGCAAAGGGCAAGCGAAGAACUUGUUCUUCAAAGUCCCAUCAGGCGGCGGCGCUUUGAAGAACCGACUCUUUCUUGUUUGUGCCCUGGUAGAGACGGCCGUGGACAACAAGACUCUUUCCACACGCCUGGGCAUUAAAGCAUCGUCUCCGCUGCGGCUGGCGUCCGAUGACAUCUUCGAUGAUGUGCUGCAGAUUCCCAAAGGCUCUGUGAAUCCCUUCGUCCUGGCGCAAGAAUCUUGCAGUGAGAUCUUCCUCCUGCUUGACAAGCAGUUCUUGGGCUGCGAAGGUUUACUCUUUCAUCCGAUGUCUUCUGACUUCACUACCUGCCUUGCGCCGACCGAGCUGACGUCUUUCUUGGAGAAGGCAGCACCAGGCCGCUUCCUCUACGUCGACCUUGCCUCGUCUGACAAGAUCGACGUUCCGCCACUGAAGACGGUGGCAAAAGCGGCACCCAAGGAGACAUCGAAACCACCUGCGAAAGAUGCCCCAAAGGAGACGUCGAAAGCACCUGCGAAGGAUGCGCCAAAGGAGACUCCGAAAGCACCUGCAAGGGACGCGCCAAAGAUCGCCAAAGAGUCUUCCGUUUCAUCUGCGCAAGGUGCACCGCAGGAUCCAGAGGCAUGGUAUUGGACCUACCAGACGGCCAUGGGCUGGGUGCUUUGA